AUGAAAAUCACAAUCAAACGAUAUGCACUGGUAGCAUACGUUGCUGUUUUGUGCAGCGCCUGUGUGCUGCUUUGGAUGCUUGUUUUCAUCUCAUCUGAUGACGUUGUGUCUCCUCUGGGUAAAAUGCACCGGACAUCUGAGAACGAUGCUGCAUUGGAUUAUGGGAGUAAAAAUGUCAUGAAUCCUGAUGGGGAUAACACUUAUGGACAAACCAGAGGUCACCAGGUAAAACCAGUUCUCUUGCCUGAUAGCACAGCUCUGAGGAAUAUGUCCUGGCAAGAUUUGUCAAACCUUUACCAUACAUAUCUGAACGUGAACCAGAUUAAGUGCUCUGAUAUUCUACGAGUUGGUCAUGUCACUGACGGGGGAUGGGAUGUUUGCAAUGACAGGCCAUAUGCUCCAAAGGAACCCUGCAUUGUAUAUUCUUUUGGGGUAGGGGAUGAUUUCAGUUUUGAUGAUGCCGUUGUCAGACAUUUUGGAUGUAAAGUCUACUCAUUUGAUCCAAGCAUGGCCAUGAACAGCAAGCAGAGAUCAGACAAGGCAUUCUUCUACAAACAAGGCAUCGCAGACUCUGACAGGACCUUGCCUAAUGGCUGGCAGAUGUCACGGUUUGAGAGUUUUCGGGCCGGAUUGAAGCAUAUGAAGAUUCCCAUCAGCAUAGUGAAGUUAGACAUUGAAGAGUGGGAAUGGGAGGUGUUGCCGGACAUUCUGGCAUCUGGCCACCUGGCAUCGGUCAACCAGCUGCUGUUGGAACUUCAUCAGUGCGAAGGAUGUUCAGUGUAUAAUCCACAGCAGGAGGACAAAGAACCGCCCAGAGAUCGCUACAUCCACAUGCUGGAGCUGUUGCUGGAACUCUACAAACAAAACUUCCGACUGUUCCACCACCACCCUAACUCAGCAUGUGUCUACCUGUCCAAGUUCACAAUGACCCAGCGAAGUGCUUGCAUUGACGUCGGCUUUCUUCGAAUUUCAUGA